UAUAGUCAAGAAUUUUGGAUCUUCUUUCCUUACUUCAAAAAUUAUAUAAACAAGGUUAGUAGAGUUAGAAGAUGGCAAGAAACGAAUAAAUCGCGUGCUAAUGCAAACGAAGUUAAUCAAGCAUUAUUCGCGACGACCGUGUAACUCUCGGUAUUGUCGACGUCCUCGAGAUUUCGGUGACGAUAUAUUAUUUCGCUUAAUGAUAAUGUGAAAAACCAGAAUAAAACUUAAAGAAGGGUAAGAGUUCGGCAAACGGAACAGCCAAAAACUCUUGCAGGCGAUGUCAAACAUGCGGCGACGAAUAUUACAAGGAAGUCUACCAAAUCGACGGUAUAUUUCGGCUAAGAUUUGUCAGUGAAACUAGUGCCAAUGAGUGUGAAUAUAUGGCGGCGCGAGUAUUUUUACUGAGCAUCUUGUUUACAGAAGUGCUAAAGCCCGCUUAUGCCGCAGGUGUUAAAGAAAUUGGAAUUGGUUUGCAUAAUAAAAACGUGUCAAAAUCAGAAGGCUUCAAUAUUAAUCCAACCAAAGGUUCUGGUAUAACAUUGGAAGUUCAACCUAGUGGUCAUGUGAUAUUAGGGAAAAAAGGAAUUACACUCACUUGUAUAACUGGAUUAAAUCAAAAUAUUUCUUGGUUACACAAUGGAAUAUCAGCACCACCAUGUGGUAUUACACGUUGUACUCUUCUCAAAAAUGGUUCUCUUCAUUUACAUAAGAUGGUGCAGAAAUUUAAAGAAAAAAACAUUACUACAAUUAAUUUUAGAGAUUAUUAUAAAGAUGAGUACCGUUGUGUAGCACAUACUAAUUUUGGACUUUUAAGAUCAUCACCUACAUUUAUUCAAAUCGCAGAAUUUGCUUACAUAUUUAAAGAGUCUCCAGAAAAUAUAACUGUACAAGAAGGUGAAAUUACAAGAUUAUCUUGUUUAAUAGAUAGUGUUCCUUUUCCUAAUAUCACAUGGCAGCAUAAUGAAAAAAUAUUAUUGCCCAAUCAGAGUAAUUUAAAUAAUAAGUAUAUAAUGGUACCACCAGGUGUUCUGUACAUAAAAGCAACGAAGUUAUCAGAUGCUGGUAUAUAUAGAUGCAUAGUAAAUAAUGAAUUCCUAAAAAAAACUAAAAAAAGUAAAGAAGCAAAAUUAACUGUUAUUUCACAACCUGAGGGUAAUGGGUCGUAUAUACCACCAUUGUUAUUCCCACAAAUUUCAUACAAUCAUUGGUUAUUAAAUGGAUCAAAUCUUAGUUUAGCAUGUGCUGCAUCUGGAUACCCACCACCAAUUAUAAUGUGGUCAUUUAUUCCUCGCUAUAUUGCCAAUCAUAAUAUUGCACAACCUCGCAUUUUGCUUAAUUCUAGUAUUGGUAUUAGUAUAUUAUCACUAGUAAAUGUGAGUGUAUCUGAUGCAGGAGUUUAUAUAUGUUCUGUAAAAAAUUUUAUUACAAAUAAUGUGGAGAUUCAAAAUGUAACAGUGAAUAUAUUAAUACCACCAUCAUUUGUAAAAAUACCUACAAAUCAAAUAUGUCCAAAUGGAAGAACUGCAAGAUUUGAAUGUCAAGCACAAGGUGUACCUGUGCCUAAAAUAUAUUGGUUAAAAGAUUCAUUAAAUAUCACAAUCAAUGGACGUAGAACUAUAUAUAUAAAAGAAUCUAAUAAAAUGGAAUUAGCAAUAUCGGCAACAGUUCCAUCUGAUGCUGGUAUUUAUCAAUGUGUUGCUGUAAAUUCAGCAGGAGAAAUUUGGGCCGCAGGUCGGCUUCAAGUAAAUACAUCUCGUAAUAGCCCUGCUGCACCUACCUCUUUAAAAUGUCGUGCUCUAUCACCAGUUAAAAUUUUUAUUUCCUGGGUACCACCAAAGUCUCUAUCACAUAGCAGUAUUAAAGCUUAUACCGUCCAUUAUAGUCCCGUAGGAGGUAAAGAAGAAGUUUCUCCGCCUGAACCGGGUAAUUCUACAUCAGUAGAAGUGACAAAACUUCUUGAACCAUAUACUAAUUAUUCCUUCUAUAUAAGAGUGUGGAACAAUUAUGGUCCUAGUGAUCAAUCAGCCACCAUUUUGUGUUCUACAGCCCCAAGUGUUCCUAAAGGUGCACCAAAAGUAAAUGUGAAUAUACUUAGUAGUACAAAGUUAAAUAUAUCAUGGGAGCCAUUAACUAAAAAGGAGUCUCGUGGUAUUGUGGUAGAAUAUAAAUUACAGUUUAGAUUGCAUGAACAUCCAUCAUCUCGGGUUUUUUAUUUAUCCGCUAACAAUAAAUCCUAUAUACUUUCUGAUUUAAAACCUGGAGCACAGUAUGAUUUAAGAGUAUUAGCCAGAACAAAACAAGGUUGGCCUAAUGUGACUGAAUCACAAUUAAAGUGGACUACUGUUACUAUGCCACCUGCUGAAUCUAAUCAAUUUAUUAUCAAAAAUAUUGUGGAUGUACAAGUAUUAAUAGUAAAUACUUCAAUUGUGAAGGUGAAAUGGAAAAUAAAUGUUAAUGAAAAUGAUAAAAUUGAAUCGAAAUUUGAUCUUUGGCAAAUUUAUUGUGAAAAUCAAAGUGGACAUAAAUUAGAAAAUAUUUUUUUACCGCAAAAUGUUACCGAAUAUGUAUUUACUAAUCUUAAUGUAAAUGUUUCUUUUACAAUGGGUUUAUGUAUGAUAAGUUCUGGUAAAGCAACAGGCUGUUUAACAAAACAAAUAGAAACUAGUACAAAUAAUGUACCAAUGGCCUUGGAAGCAAUUCCUGUUUCAUCUACUUCUAUAAAUGUGACAUGGUCUCUAAAUGGUGUGCAUGAAAUAAAUUCUUUCGAAUUAUGUUAUCAUGCAAUUCAUGCAGCAAAUUCAGAUAAUCCUAAGUGUUCUAUAUUGAACGAUACAAAAGCAAAUGUGGAUAAACUAAAACCAUUUACAUUAUAUCAAUUUAAAGUAAGGGCCAUUCAAAAUAAUACAAACCAAAGCAAUUUUUAUAGUGAGUCUGUAGAAUGCUAUACAAAUGAAGAUAUCCCUGGCAAAGUAGAAGGAGUACAAUGGUUUUUAAUAAAUAAUACAAAAAUACGAAUUGCAUGGAAGGAACCAAGUAAUAUAAAUGGUAUUAUACAAAAUUAUUUCAUUAUAUAUACCAUGGACUUAAUGGAUUCAGUUAAAUCAUGGAGAAAUGUGACAGUACCUGGUAAUAAAACUUCGACAACUUUACCUGGAUUAAUUCCGGGGAAACGAUAUUUUGUUAUGGUACAGGCUAUGACAAAAGCUGGUUAUGGUAAAUUAUCAGAUCCUAUAAUAAUUCUUACUGGUGGUUCAUCAAAUCCACCAAAUCCACAAAAACCAUCACAAAAUAUAAGAUCUGAUCAAAGUCUUGGUGUAAUUCUUGGUGUAAGCAUAAGUAUUGGAUUUAUUAAAAUCUGUCUAUGCAGUAUAUAUUGUCGAAAAAAAUGUGAAAAUGCUCGUAUUUUAAGAGAAACAGCACAAUCUACAAAAAAUCGUACUUCAGUACGAAAUAGAUGUUGUACAGAUCAAAUGUCUACAUCAGUAAGUCAACAGAUAAAUAGUAGAGUGGUACCUAAUGAAAUUGAACUUGCUGUUCUUUGUCCCACAUCUCCAAUUACUAAUCCUCAUUUAGAUACUAAAGGUGGAAAAUCUAAUGGUAUUCUUGAGUCUUGCGUAAAAGAACCUUUAUUACCAUCAUGGGAAAUAAAUGGUGAACCAAAAGAUAUUCAUACAACAAAAAAUUCUCAGUACAAAAUAAUGGACAAUGUUGUCUUGGGUGAACAAAAGCAGGAUCAAGAACAAGAUUUAGAUGGCACGCAACUCACAAUGGUCAAUUGUACUUUAAAAAGUAGUAAUAGCAGCUUAAAUAAUAAUUCUGGUUGUCCAGAUGGAGAUACAUCUUUAUCAAAAUCUAUGUGUAUAUCUGUUCCGAUGCUUGGACCAAAUGGAUGAAAAAAAACAUUAGGCAAUAUAAUUGCGUGUUCAUGUUUUCCACCUAUGCUCCCGUGCUACAGGUAGGAUGUAAAAAUUUUCAUGCAACUUGAAUUAUUUGAUUAAAAAAUAUGAAUAUAUACAAAUGAAAAAAUGUACAUACAAAUGUAUGUAUGAAUUACAAGAACAAAAUUCUUAAUGAAGCAAUGCAAGUUACUAUAUUUUACAAGUUUAAUAUAGCAUAACUUGUAAAUAAAAAUACUAAUGCAUCCAGAUUAUUGUAAAUAAUAAUAGUUUAAAAGUGCAUUGAAUCUUUUAACUAUUAUCUUGUAUAUAAUGUUUCAAAGCAAGUUAGUAAUAUUGACAACACAGUAUUUCUAUAUUAACAGUUUGAAAAGAAAAAAUCUAAUAAUUUUUAGAUUUGAUUUUGUAUAAAAUAAUACCAUGGCACAGAUAUGCUAAUGAUACUUAAUAAUAUUCAUUAUAUAACUUGCUCAUAUAUCUAUUGAGAUGAUAUUUA